AUGUAUAGGGCCAACGACAAGAAGGUUACCAACAAGAAGGUGAACAACAAGAAGGUGAACAACAAGAAGGUGAACAACAAGAAGGCGAACAACAAGAUAAAUAGCAAUACGAUGAUCAGCAAUAACACAAGCAAGAAGAAAAUCAACCACAGGAUGAGCGAUCAGAAAAACAACAAUGAUAACGGCGAGAAGAAGCCCGGUAACAGCAAGAAGAAGUUCGGCAUCGGCAAUAAGAAGGCUACCAGAGUUAGCAACAAGAUGGCCGGUGAUGAGAAGGUUGGCAACAGUUAUAACAAGAACGACAACCCGAGAGUCGGAAACAAGAAGUUCGGCAAUAAGAAGGCCAUCAACAGAGGGUUGCCAAGAAGAAGACUGCCAACAGCGACAAACAGAAGAGCAACAAGAAGGUCGGCAACAAGAAGAGCGGAAAUCAUACGGCAACCAACAAUACGAAGAAUAACCACAACGAGAUUAACGAUCAAGACAGCUGACAAGAAGAAGAGAAACAAGAAGACAAGUAAUAAGAGGAACAACAACCGUAAGAAAACUGGUACAAAAGAGAAAGACAAGAACAACAGCAAUGAUAAGAUAAUUGGCAACAAAAGCAAAGCAGGGAAUGGGAAGGCUUCUGCUAAUAGAAGAGAGUCUACAGUCCGGGUCUCACAGGGCAAGUCUUUGGAUACAAAAUCUACCUGCUCUUGGAGGCAAAGUUUGAGUUGGUCAUGCCUAGUCAACUCGAAAGGCCAGGCCAAUAAUGGCGGUGCCCAGAACAACGGCGGUGCCCAGAACCAUAGCAACGAGAGGCUUUUUGAUGGCGUGACUCCUGUAGCUGGUACGGAGCAUAAAGAACCUAUCAACACACCCGCAAUGAUGAGACUUCAGCAUGUGGCGGAAGAUACGCAGUUGGAACCCGGCAAGAGAUAUGCCUACUGGGAGCAAAAGAAUUCAUACAACGGACACCGAAGUCUGAUCCACGGCACCUACGAGAUUUCGCACGAGAACGGCCAGACAAAACACCACUUUGGGGACACGCACAUGUGUGACUUUGGCUACGAUCCGCGUACUGGGGGCAAAAGCCCAACACCUCAAUGGAGAAUCAAUGAGCCAUGGGACCCGGCGCGGGGGAUGACCACGGAUGGAUUUCUAAUGGGGCCCAUAGCGCGUAGGAGGACAAAGUUUUUGGGUGAAGUCGACCCUGAUGCCAAUGUCGAGCAGAGUGGUGAAGCCCUGAAAGCGAAAAAUUCACACUACAACUACUACGCUCAUUUUCCAUGUACCGGGGGCGGGGCAAAUUGUCAUACGUUUGUUGACGAUCUUUGGAAAGAUAUUAGAAAGAAAGAAUGA